AUGCUCUUGGGACAGCGAAGUCCCAGAGAUUUUUGGGAAGUGCCUGUUGCUCCGCGCUGCCGGAGACAUCAGCAAAGCAACGAGGACCUCACAAACCAAUCCCUGGGAAUUCCAUCCCAGUUCCUCCAGGAUAACCCAACCCAUGCCGUGCCCACCUUUUCCCCACAGUUUUCCUGACUGAAUCCUGACUUUUUUCCCCCCUCUUUCCCAGCUUUCUGGGCUGACCGCACGCCGGUGCACGAGGCCGCCCGGCGCGGGGAGAUCCGGCAGCUGCAGCAGCUGAUCGAGAGCGGCGCCUGCGUCAACGCCCUCACCUACGACUCCAUCACACCCCUGCACGAGGCCAGCCUCAGGGGACAGGCCCAGUGCGUCAAAAUGCUCCUGGACGCGGGGGCCCAGGUGGACGCUCGGAACAUUGACGGCAGCACUCCUCUGUGUGACGCCUGUGCCUCGGGCAGCGUGGAGUGCGUGCGGCUGUUGCUGGCGCAUGGCGCCAAGGUGAACCCUCCGCUCUACACGGCGUCACCGCUGCACGAGGCCUGCAUGAACGGGAGCUCGGAGUGCGUGCAGCUCCUCAUCGACGUGGGCGCCAACCUGGAGGCUCACGACUGCCACUUCGGGACUCCGCUGCACGUGGCCUGCGCGCGCCAGCACCUGCGCUGCGCCAAGCUGCUGCUGCAGGCGGGAGCGCAGGUGAACGCGGCCAAGCUUCACGAGACAGCGCUGCACCACGCGGCCAAGGCGCGCUGCGCCGCCCUGGUCCGGCUCCUGGUGGAGUUCGGAGCCGACGUCAACGCCCGCGACAACCGUGGCCGGAAACCCUCGGACUACAGCGGGAACGGCGGAGCCGCCGCCCGCUGCUUCCAGUUCUACGAGAGAACGCCGCUGUCCCUGGCCCAGCUGUGCCGCCUGGCCGUGCGCCGAGCCGCCGGCCAACGCGGGCAGCACAAAAUCUCCAAGCUGCAAAUCCCGCCCCGGCUCAUCCGCUUCCUCUCCUACGACUGAAUCCCAGGAAUCCCGGCAAUUCCAGAGGAUUUCUCCUUCUCUUCUACCUCCCCCACCCCAUAAAAAAUCCGUGUUAAUUUCA